AUGUUAGAUGGGAUACCCAAAUAUCUUGGUAACCUCUCUAGUUUGGAAUAUUUUGCAUUUGAUAACAACUCUGCUGUUGUCGAUUUUCCUGAUUUUCUCAGCAACUUGUCUGGAUGCACAGCGCUUACACUACAAGAAUUAUAUGCUCGAAGAAACCAAUUUAAAGGGUCACUGCCUGAUUUCAUCCAAAACUUUUCAUCCCUAUCAUUUCUUGGCCUAUUAGAUAAUCACAUGAAUGGAACCAUAAGCGAGAAACUGUGGGAACUACCCAACCUUAAAGAGAUUGACGUUUCUCAAAAUCAUCUUAGUGGUGCCAUCUCUGAAAACAUUGGAAAGUCGAAAGCUCAUAUUAUAAAUCUUUCGAAGAACCCACUCCAAGGAGUUCCUUCCACAGAUCAUAUGUCAAACCUUUCUUAUGUAGAGCACCUUGAUCUGAGCUCUUGCAACCUAGGGCCCCACUUCCCCAAAUGGAUUCAAAAACUGGAAAAUCUUACCCUUCUUGAUAUUUCCAACACUAGAAUUUCAGAUGCAGUUCCUCCACAAUUUUGGAACAUGCAAUUCAGCUAUUUGAAUCUCUCUUCCAACAACAUCAGUGGGGAAGUACCCGAUCUAUCAAGUUUUGCCAAAAGUAAAUUGAUAGAUUUGAGCUCCAACAGCUUUAAGGGUCCAAUACCGGAUCUUCCUUCCAGUUUGGCAUUGUUAAAUCUUUCCAGAAACAAAUUCUCUGGAGGAAUCUCCUUCAUUUGCCAAAUUGUCGAUGGGCUUUUACAAUUUCUUGACCUCUCCCAUAACUCUCUAACCGGACAAAUUCCAGACUGUUUGUGGCAUUUCAAAGAACUAAAAGUUCUCAAUCUAGGACACAACAGUCUAGUCGGAAAGCUUCCUCCUUCUAUUGGAUCUUUGAUAGAACUGGAGAGAUUGGGUUUACAUGAAGGUGGUGAUGUUCAUCGCAAAUUUGCAAAGGGUUAG